AUAUUUAUCAGAAAGCCUUUCUCGGCAAAAUAACAGAGAUCGGAGAAACGAAGUUGAGUGCUAGAGAGAGUGGGGAGUAUUGUAGUAAGAAGAUAGAAUAUUAUAUUUCUAGUGCUAAUUUAUAAUAACUAAAACAAGUCAUGGGUGUAGAAAUUGAGACAAUCUCUCCAGGAGAUGGAAGAACAUUUCCAAAGAAAGGGCAGACAUGUGUUGUGCACUACACAGGAAUGCUGCAGAACGGGAAGAAGUUUGAUUCCUCCAGAGACAGAAACAAGCCUUUCAAGUUCAAGAUCGGCAGACAAGAAGUAAUCAAAGGCUGGGAAGACGGAGUAGCACAGAUGAGUUUGGGCCAGCGAGCCAAGCUAACCUGCACACCAGACAUGGCUUAUGGGGCUGCAGGGCACCCUGGUGUCAUCCCACCCAACGCCACUCUUAUCUUUGACGUGGAACUUCUUAAGCUGGAGUGAAGGUGGCAGGAGGAACCAAAAGAAGAGGCGGAUAUUGCCAGUCAUCUCAGAGAAUCCUGUUUCACUGUCAUUAGCAUCUUAACUGAUCUUCAGCUUCAUUGCCAACCUUGUCAUUUUAGAUGCCGAUCUGUUUAAAAAGAAAAAGAAAAAAAAAAUCUGUUUUAUCCUUUUGUUUUGUGUUAAUCUGUUAGCUUUGUUUAAUGAAAAAAAAAAAUUCUUCUUAAGUUGUACAUUUUGUUGAAGCUGCAAACAACUGGAAAACAAAAUUAAAUAUAUACUGUAUAUUAUAUCCUC